ACAAACGACACUGAAAGGGACAAUCUGCUCUGUUGAUGGAUAUGAAUACUUUUCAACUCCUUAUUCUAGAUGGCCUCGUCAUUAAGAAGUGUUCAUAAAGCUUGUGUGCUAACCUUAAUUGCAGAUGGCUGUAUUUGUGCAACAUUAAAUCACUGUCUCUACUUUUUCAAUUGCUCCGAAUUCAGAAACUAUGUUAUUAUUUACCCAGAGCGGCUGGUAAACCUCCGAAUCCACUAGAAGUCAAAAGAGGACGGGGUGAAGGCUGUAGGUUCAGCUACGGCGUUUGUCUCUAUCAAAUUUAGGUGGGAUGCAUGAAGAUGAAAGCCUGGAGUUACACUGCUUAGUGGGAUUUUAAAAUUAUGAAGUGGUGAUGAGAUAGGACAGCUCUGAAGCUUUUUAUUCUUUGACAUCUUCCUUUGUCUUUGCCUUAUAUAAAAAUCGUGAUCGUUCAUUUUAUCUAUGUUGUUAGACAAGUAUAUGGCUAUGAAGAAUUGUAGUUCCGAGCAUCACCUUACACAGAGAACUGUAAAGAAGGACAAGAAAAGGGUGUGCAACGACGCGGUUGACUUGGAAACUGCAAAAACCCAACGUCUUGCAUCUGCUGAAGAUCUGUCAAUCCCUUCUUUUCAGGUCAUAGUAAUGAGUGCAAAUAUGGGGUGCAGCUCCUGCCGUGACAAAGUGUUCAGAGUUUUGUCAAAAAUGACUGGGUUUAAAGAAUACACAGUGGACGUACGUAAGAAGCAGGUGAUUAUCAAAGGUGAUGUUAGUUUUUUGUGGAGCACAAAAGAUGAAGCUUCUUGAAAAUUCCUGACUUGUAUCUAUUUAUUAGUUUCUGGCAAAAAGGACUAAUGAAUUCUUAGUCUUCUCUAGUUCGCUACUUCUCUGUUUGAUCCAUUACUUUCUCAAUUACCUAUUCUAAGAUUUUGACACCUAUUUUAGAAUAAAAAAUAAAAUAGCAAAAUUCUCCUUUUCUCUA